AUGGCUGCUCGCUCGCCGUCGCCUGACAUUUCUUUAAGCGACCGCACUUCUGAUACUUAUGAUUUUUCCGCAAAUUCCCCAGUUUCCUCAGAUUCAAGGCCUUCCACCCUGCGCAGCCAAAGCAAUGAAUCUUUAAGACAAGGGGCCAAUCAUGCCACAGCAGAUGUCUCUGAUGAGCCCCAAAGGCGUGAUCAUCAUAGCAGGUUUCGCGAAGAGGGAGAUGAAAAUAGCGGAGAUGUUCGCGUCAAGAAUCGCGUCCCAGAGAUAAACAUAGUUCCAGCUCCUAACCAUCCAGCCUCCGGUUCGCAGAUAUCUCUUGACCAAAAGAAACAGUUGCUGAGCUGGCUGCCUUUGACACUCCAGAAUAGCUUCCUGGGCCUGCUCAGCCUGCUAGCCUUGGUGCUGUGUGCAGUGACGAUUGCCUUGCUCGUGACAUCCCGCACGAACUAUGGUUUAGGGUCGGAUGACGGGUCCUCGAAGAUCUUGUUCGGUUGGCGAUUCAGCCCAACUUUAGUAGCAGUCAUCUACAUCCAGCUGACAGCUAUGCUGGUGGAUGAUGUCAAGCGCUUAGAGCCAUUUGCUAGACUAGCAGGCCCUGAGGGGUCUGAGGCGUCUUCAAGCAUUCUUCAAAAGCCUGGAGCCUGGUGGAAUGCGCUCCACGAUGGUUUUUCCAAGAGGAAAAAUGGAGGCUCUUCGCGAGGCUGGGUACUGCUUUGCGCAACUUUGGUCAAUGUCCUUGGAUUUCUUUUGAUAUCACCGCUGUCAUCGGCUUUGUUAGUCUCCGUCGACGUGACAGUCCCACUCCAGACGGACUUCCUUCGCCUGACACCGCGACUCGACGCGCCCCUUUCCCUGAGCCAGAGUCGAAUCGCUCGCUUUCGGACGAUCAGCCAUUUUGCUCAAAACGUAUCGACUUCGCCAUGGGUUACAGAUAAGUGGACCAUGCUUCCGGUUUGGCCAUCUGCCAGGGAGAGUCCACAGUUUGGAUCGUUGCCGUCCACUCAACAAACGUGGACGGCGGAAACUACAGUGUUCAAAAGUAAUCACAGUUGCAACAAAAUGAAGCUCGAAAGCUCGUCCAGCAAGGAGGUAAUGAGCGGGAACGAUCGAAUCAAUGCUACCUUCAUGGCUAAUACCACUGUCUUUUCCUCUGGCGAUUGUAGGUUGGAGUUCACAGCUAUCAUAGACAAUGGGACUAGUAGCAUAUGGACCGAUGGUGGUGCCAGCUGGUCCAACGUCACAGGAUUUAACGCAAGCACAGGGCUCGAUAUGCAGAGUGCGGCACAAUCGAAGGAAUGUACCGGCCAUGAUUACCUCAUGCUGGUCGAAGGAAACAGCACCCUAAAUGUGCAUCUAUGUGCGACAACAUAUUCAAUGUCUAAUGUCACGGCCUUAAUUGACCUCUCGGGCAGUGAGCCAAAUAUCUCCUUCAAUGAGAGCGAAUACAUUCAGAACCAACAGACAGUCCCGGAUGCUCUGAUGAGCACCAAGAUGAUGCGAGACCAGGCAGUAGACCCCGACUGGAAGAACUCCACCCUGACCCUAGAUUUCGACAAUUCUCCGUGGCUCUACGGACCGGCUCGUCUGUUAUGGGUAAUCUAUAAAAACAAUUUAACUGCGAUGAUUGAAGACAAAGAUAUGACUUCUCGUGCGGCGGAGAUUCAGCAACGAUUCUUUGGAGAAAUGAUCCAGUCAAGCUUGACCGAGCGAGGUGCCUCUCAGUACCUUCCCAUCCAAGGUCAUGUCAGGACUCUUGAAAGAAGAGUGACCACUACCGCCGGGCCUGCAAUAACGCUCAUAAUCUUGCUCUUUCUAUCCUUCUGUCUCCUGCUAAUCACAUGGAGGUGCUCACGAAUUCAGCACAGGCCGUUGAAUCUGAAAACCGAUCCUGCUUCCCUUGCCGGUGCAACUUCUUUGCUGGUGGAGAGUCCUCGGACUAGGCAUAAUUUCAAAGACUUCAACCGCAAAUCAGACAAGGAGCUGCAAAGUCUGUUGGAAGGCAAGCGCUACUACACAGACCCAGGAAUAUUACACGAGACGAUUCCUGAUCAAUCCGAAACCGUCAAUCAAACAAUGACGGAGUCGCGCCAGGAAUCAACCUCGAGAGUCAACUGGAUUCCAGGAGUGCUCCGUCUCCCAGCCCUACUGGUACUACUUGUAUGUCUUGUAGCCGUAGUCACCGGUGUUGUCGUAUUAUACCAUUUCGCGCAGCUGUCCGAGCUGUAUGGGAAAGCUUUUGUUUAUCAAGCCAACAUUUCCAUUUUUGAUAAACAGCUGUCUACUGUUGGGCCGUUCUCAAUGAUCCCAACUAUCAUAGCAGUGUGUAUCGGCCUGUGGUGGGGUGUUAUUGACAGUAACUUUUGCCGCCUACAGCCAUAUCUCGCCAUGGCUAAACGUUACCGGCCAUUAUCAGAGAGCGUCCACCUAUCAUAUCAAUCUUCUUACUGGAUGUGGGCCACGAUUAAGGCUCUAAAGAAUAGGCACUGGAUGUUAGUAUGGGUUACGCUGGGCACAGCUAUUUCACCAAUAUGUACGUUUCGAUGA